AUGAAAUCGAAAGAACCAUUAAAAGAUAAAGUAUUUGUGUUUACAGGGGAGAUGAGUAUGGCUAGAGAUUUAGCUAAAGAGAAAGUAUUGGUUCUAGGUGGGAGAUCAACCAUAACAGUAAGUUCAAAGACAACACACUUAGUAUGUGGUGAAGACCCAGGAGAGAAAAAGAUAGAAAAAUCAAAGUCACUCAAAGUAGAGAUUAUUAAUGAAGAUGAGUUUUUAGGAAUGAUUCAAGGAGCAUUAGAUAAUUUUAAUAGUAGUAUAGAAAUAGAUAAAAUUGAUUUAGAUUCUGAUGUAGAAGAAUUAAAAUUACAUGAUUUUAAGAAAGAUAACUUAGUAACUUCAGUUACAUGGACUGAGAAGUAUAGACCUAAAUGUAAAAGUGAGUUAGUUGGUAAUCCUUCAGCUAUCAAUGAGAUUGAAAGAUAUUUAAAAGGUGAAUAUAAGGAGGCAGCAGCUUUAGUAAGUGGUAGUCCAGGGAUGGGUAAAACAACAGCAGUGGGUGUGAUAUGUAAAGAGUUAGGAUUUACUUUAAUUGAGUUUAAUGCUAGUGAUACAAGAAAUAAGAAGAUGUUAGUGGCAAGUUUGAAAUCACAAACACAAAAUGAGGGGGUGGGUAAAAAGAGAGUUGUAGUUAUGGAUGAAGUAGAUGGGAUGAGUUCUGAUAGAGGAGGAGUUCCUGAAUUGGUCCAAAUUAUUAAGAAAUCUAAAGUACCAAUCAUUUGCAUUUGCAAUGACAGACAAAGUCUCAAUAUUAGAACACUUGCUAAUUAUUGUGUUGAUAUUAAAUUUAGAAAACCAGUUGCAAAUUCUAUUUUACCGAGAUUAAAAGAAAUUCUAAAACAGGAAGGUAAAAUUUUACCAGACUCAGUUUUAAAAGAAAUUAUAUGUGCUUGUAAUAGUGAUAUUAGAUUUAUUAUAAAUACUUUACAAAAGAAUAAAGAUCUUAAAGAUAUCAAAAACAUUGAAAUGACUCAUAAAACACCACAAUUAAAUAUCUUUGAGACUGCAACUCAGUUAUUCAAAUCUCAUUCAGCUGAGAGAAAACUUGAUUUAUUUUUUGAAGACUUUUCAAUAAUGCCAUUAUUUGUUCAUGAGAAUUUUGCUAAAAAAGGAUUUUCAAAGAAAAGUGAUUUAACAUUACAACAAUUAGCCGAAGUAUCAGAUUAUAUUAGUUAUGGUGAUGUUAUUGAUAAAAGCAUUCAUGGAACACAACAAAAUUAUUCAUUAUUACCUUACUAUGCAGUUUUUAGUGCUUUACUUCCCACUAAAAAUUCUAAGGUAGUUAGACCAGACUUUCCUUCCUAUUUAGGAAUUACAUCAUCUAAAAAUGGAAAUCAUAGAUUACUUAUAAAUGUUUGUAGUCAUUUAAAAUAUAAAGAUAAUUGUGAAAAGAUUAGGAGGUACUAUGCGCCUAUAAUUGUUAAUGAAUUAAUUAAAUGUAUUUGUAAGAAUGAUACAGAUGGUGCACUUGAUAUAAUUAAGUCUUAUGAAUUAAUAAAAGAUGAUUUUGAUUCUUUAAUCAAAAUCUUAAAAUUAACUGAAACUUAUAAAUCAGUACCAUCAAAAAAUAAGUCUGCUUUUACAAGAGAGUAUAAAAAAUUAAAAAGAGUGCUACCGUAUUUUAUUAAUGAAAAAGUAGGUGAGUUUAAUGAAGAAUAA